AUGAAGUUCCUCAAGGUUGGCCGUGUUGCCAUCAUCACCCGCGGCCGUUACGCCGGCAAGAAGGUCGUAAUCAUCCAGCCGGUUGAUGCUGGCAACAAGCUGCACCCCUACGGCCACGCCCUGGUCGCCGGUAUCGAGCGCUACCCGUCCAAGAUCACCCGCCGCAUGUCCAAGACCCGGCAAGAGAAGCGCAGCAAGGUCAAGCCGUUCAUCAAGGUUGUCAACUACAACCACCUGAUGCCCACUCGCUACACCCUGGAGCUGGAGGGCCUCAAGGGCGUCAUCUCCAACGACACCUUCAAGGAGGUCAGCCAACGGGAGGAGGCCAAGAAGACCGUCAAGAAGGUCCUCGAGGAGCGGUACACGAGCGGCAAGAACCGGUGGUUCUUCACCCCUCUGAGUAAGUGA